CUACUGAACUGGUGCAAUAAGUUAAAGUGAGAAAAAAUAUAGUUGUCUCAUUCUAACUUAUCGCACUAGUUCCGCAGUGCAGCUGAAAAGAACAGACCAACUAUCAAACGGACGCUCACAGCACGACUCACCGAUUGCAGAAAGUACUAUUCCUAGAACAAAGUUCGAAAACUAAAGUUUUACAAAUAUUUUAAAAUGGAUGCUGAUCUGUAUGACGAAUUUGGAAAUUAUAUUGGUCCUGACUUGGCAUCAGAGAGUGAGGAUGAAAAUGAAUAUGGCAAUGUUGGUGAUGACACUGAGGAUAGAGAACGGUCAGAUGAAGAAAUGGAAGAGGACAAAGAUGAAUCUCGGGAACAUGCGGACCAAGGUUCCUCUAUGGCAGUUGUAUUACAUGAAGAUAAACGAUACUAUCCCAGUGCAUUAGAAGUUUAUGGACCAGAGGUAGAGACACUGGUACAAGAGGAGGAUGCUCAGCCAUUAGACAAACCACUGAUAGCUCCCACUAGGAAACCAAAGUUUCAAAUCAAACAACAACAGCUCCCAGAUACAACAUACAGCAUUGAAUUCUUGGCAGACAUGAUGGAUGCGCCACAUCUAAUUAGAAAUGUGGUUCUACUAGGACAUCUUCAUCAUGGCAAGACCACUUUGGUAGACUGUUUAGUGCGACAAACACAUCCCUAUUUACACAGUGUGACAGAUGAGAAGCCACUGAGGUACACAGAUACUUUAUUUACGGAACAACAGAGAGGUGUCUCCACAAAGGCCACUCCUGUAACAUUGUUGUUGCAAGACGUGAAGUCUAAGUCAUACCUUUUGAAUAUAUUCGACACACCAGGUCACGUAAAUUUCUCUGACGAAGCGACGGCGGCAAUCCGGCUGUCGGAUGGCGCGAUACUAAUUGUCGACGCGGCUGAAGGCGUGAUGCUCAACACCGAACGCCUUCUGAAACACGCGCUUCAAGAGAGACUUGCUCUGACGGUCUGCAUCAACAAGAUAGAUCGUCUCGUGCUGGAACUGAAGCUGCCGCCGUUGGACGCCUAUUACAAACUACGGCACAUCAUCGAAGAAAUCAACGGAUUAAUAGCGUUGUAUUCGGACAACGAUAAUCCUACUUUUGUGUCUCCAGCCAUGGGCAAUGUGUGCUUCGCUAGUUCAGAGUAUAACGUAUGUUUCACCCUAAAAUCGUUCGCUGCGCUCUAUGCUAGAAGCCAUCCUGGACUAAACGCAAACGAGUUCGCCAAACGACUCUGGGGUGAUAUCUAUUUCAAUCCUAAGACGCGCAAAUUCACCAAGAAACCGCCGCACAACACGGCACAACGAAGCUUCAUCGAGUUCAUCCUGGAGCCUUUGUACAAAAUAUUUGCGCAGGUCGUGGGCGAUGUAGACACGACCUUACCUGAUGUUCUAGACGAGCUGGGUAUACGAUUAACAUCCGAGGAGAUGAAGAUGAACAUACGCCCGCUGUUGAGACUCGUCUGCACGCGGUUCCUGGGAGAUAUGUGCGGCUUAGUCGACAUGUGCAUCACUCACGUACCUAGCCCUCAAUCGCACGCACCCACCAAGGUGCAGCACGUCUAUACUGGCCCGAUAGAAUCCCCACUCGCGCAGGACAUGGUUAAUUGCGACCCAGAUGGAAGAUUAAUGAUCCACAGUACAAAGAUGUAUCCCACUGAGGACUGCACGCUAUUCGUGGUACUCGGCAGAGUGAUGUCCGGCACGUUGGAAGCGGGUCAGCGGGUUCGCGUGCUGGGAGAAGCGUACUCUCGCACAGACGAAGAGGACUCGCGCGUCCUUACGGUGGGCAGGUUAUGGAUUAGCGAAGCACGUUAUUCGAUCGAACUGAGCCGAGUGCCUGCGGGUAAUUGGGUACUGAUAGAGGGAAUUGAUAGGCCGAUCGUGAAGACCAGUACUAUCACAGACCUUGACAACUCCGAGGAGCUGCACAUCUUCCGGCCGCUCAAAUUCAAUACGCAGAGCGUCAUCAAGAUCGCCGUUGAACCGGUGAAUCCAUCUGAAUUGCCCAAGAUGUUAGAUGGACUGAGGAAGGUGAACAAGAGCUAUCCUCUAUUGGGCACACGCGUGGAGGAGAGUGGCGAGCACGUGGUGCUGGGAACCGGCGAGCUCUAUUUGGACUGCGCAAUGCACGACCUGCGUCGCAUGUACUCUGAGAUCGACAUCAAAGUAGCUGAUCCCGUGGUCGCGUUCGCAGAAACAGUGGUGGAAACCAGCUCUCUCAAGUGCUUCGCCGAGACGCCCAACAAGCGGAAUAAGCUGACAAUGAUAGCGGAGCCAUUGGAAAGGGGUCUCGCGGAAGACAUAGAAGCCGAGCACGUCCGUAUCACGUGGAACAAAAAGCGGCUCGGAGAGUUUUUCCAAACGAAGUACGACUGGGACUUAUUAGCGGCCCGUAGUAUAUGGGCCUUCGGUCCAGAUUCUACAGGUCCUAAUAUUUUAGUCGACGAUACUCUACCUUCCGAGGUGGACAAGACGUUGUUGAACAGUGCACGUGACGCCAUCAUCCAAGGCUUCCAAUGGGGAACUCGUGAGGGACCAUUAUGUGAAGAGCCCAUUCGGAAUGUGAAAUUCAAAAUUCUCGAUGCGGUGAUCGCACAAGAGCCCUUACAUCGUGGAGGUGGCCAGAUUAUUCCCACUGCUCGGCGAGUAGCGUAUUCUGCAUUCCUUAUGGCUACUCCCCGUUUAAUGGAGCCCUAUCUAUUCGUCGAAGUGCAAGCUCCUGCGGACUGUGUUUCUGCGGUUUACACAGUCCUGGCAAAACGACGUGGUCAUGUGACACAAGAUGCACCAGUACCAGGCAGUCCUCUGUACACAAUCAAGGCAUUUAUACCAGCAAUCGACAGUUUCGGCUUUGAGACAGAUUUGCGGACACACACUCAAGGACAAGCGUUUUGCCUAUCGGUCUUUCACCAUUGGCAGAUCGUACCUGGAGACCCUCUGGAUAAGAGCAUCACUAUCAGACCUCUGGAGCCUCAGCCAGCCACCCACUUAGCCAGAGAGUUUAUGCUGAAGACACGAAGGCGCAAAGGUCUAUCCGAGGACGUCUCCAUCAACAAAUUCUUUGACGAUCCUAUGCUGCUAGAAUUGGCAAGGCAGGACGUACUCCUGAAUUAUCCUCUUUAAUUUAAAUUAAUCUAGAAUUCAUAUGUGUAAGUUAAUAAUUUGUGUAUAAAUUUUACAUAAAUCUGUAUAGCAAACUCACAUGUAAAAUAUGU